AUGAAAAAAUGUUUAGGGAGUUUGGUUAAUUAUUUUAAUAAAAACAUGGUAAAAAGAAAGCAUAUUAUUCAUAAGAAAAAAGGAUAUGAUAUAAAAUUGGACUUAAAAUUGAGUUUCAAAAAUUUUGUUAUUGGUGGUAAACAUUAAUUAUAUUAUGGAAGAUAGAAAAUAUGUAAAACUUGUAAGGGUAGUAGAUGUGUUCCAGGUAAAUAAGCAUAAAAGGGUUUUUCAUGUUGCGGAUCAGGGUGGUUGUUUUAUAUAGAAAGAGAAAGUUCAUUUGAAGUAAUAUGUAAUAAUUGUGAUGGAUGGGAAAAGGUAGUUAGAGAUCCUUACUAUAUAUACUAAGGAAGUGGAAUAGUUAAAAAAGAAUAUGAUAUUGAAAUAGAAUUAACAAAAGGAAUAUAAAAUGGAACCAUAAUUAGAUAAAUUAGAUAUGGUCAUGCAGUAUAUAUAUUUGUUAAUAGUAGAGUUAAUACUCUGGAGAACCAAGAGAUUUUUUGAUUGAAGUUGAAGAUGAAGUUGAAGAAGACAACACAUUGAGGAGAGAUGGAAAUAAUAUCAUAAGUGAAUUAGAUUUGAGUGUAAGUGAGAUGUUGUUGGGAUGUAAAAAAUAGAUUCAAACUAUUUGAGGAGUUUUAGAGGUUAGAGAUUCAUUAAUAUAGUAGAUUUCUAUUCCUUGAAUAUAAUAACCUUGAACAAAGUUAUAAAUACCAUAUUAUGGGAUUUAAUAUGGGUGAUCGCAAUGGAAGAAGGGAGGCCAUUUCGUAAUUCUGAACUUGGAGAUUCCAUAGCAACUGAAUGA